CGCUUUGGAUGAAGUUUUGAUAGGCACCUCUAUUCCACCACCAUACCUAAGAUCGGAUUGCAUCUUGCGCUAAUCUUCAAAGAAGAAACAAUUUCGCAGAUGAAGUCACGGAACAUGAUGCAUCAAGGCUUUUGUCACUAUACCAGGUUCAUAAAACUUGUAGCAUUGCUGUGUGUUGGAUUUUCUGCACAAAAGAAGGGCACAAUAUUUGUUCUAUCGCAGUCAGUGAAGCAGUCUGAAAUCGACAGCUGCACAAAAGAAACCGAAUCAUUGUAUAGUAACUCCUUUGCGCUUGUCCAACAGAGCACUGAGAUAGAUAUUUGGGCGGACACCCAGAGGAUGACACCCAAUGCUGUCUGCACCUCGCAAGACUUUACCAAAACAACAUGCAACCUCGACUAUGUAAAUGCUACCGGUAAUGAAUCAUCGGAUUGGUGUUUGAGUGUUCCAAACACAGUAUACGUCGAAACGACGUUCAUAUUGAGAUGCACCGGAGACUUAAACCGUAUGCUAUUUUAUUCCGUCCGCAAUCGACCGGGUUGCUACGCGCAUGUGACUGGUUCUUCUGUUUCUCCCUGCUACAAUGGAUACGACAACAGCAUUAUCGAAAGCAUCGAACUUGCAACCUUUGAUGCACUAAAGGACGAAAUAAGUACGGCAACAGGCGACACCGGCAGAGAAUGGGGAGAUGUUGGUCAAGGAUUCACCGGUUGUGAUCAAUUGCGGUUCGAGGUCACAGAACCCCGAGGAUUGGACGGUGGCUCUGCUCUUACCUGCUCCGAAGCAACUUUAGAGAUUCAAUCAUCUCCAUCCAUGUCCGAUGCGGUUGCAGAUCUCGACGAGCAACUCGGGAUCGUCGUCUCGAAUACCAACAACGGAGGGAGACAGCUCCGAGAAUUUUCAAACCGAUCACUUAAGCCACUUGCUUCAAAUGAUGGUAUUAUUGAUUUCGGAGUCGUUUCCCACGAUAUAUCUGCCAUUUGUAGAGAAACAUUGGAAGGGGCUUACCUUGAAAUAAACUACAACAUAUCCUGCGGUGGAGAUGAAUUCCAGAUACUCUCCGAUCCGCUUUGCAUUUCCAGUAAAGCCUGUGGCGUGACCGACUUUGAACUAGAAUCAGCGUCUCAUGCCACCGCAAAAUGGAAUAGAAUCAGUAACAGCGAUUGCCAGGUGCUUUCCACCGAUUCUUCCAACAAUGAAGCCGCGAUAACAUGGGAGGAUUUCUCUCCCAGCCAGAGUCCCACUGCUACAACUUCACCCACGAUUAGCCUCGCACCAUCUGCGCAACCCUCAUCCAGCUCGCCUCCAUCUGCGAGCAUAGCCCCGUCUCAGAACCCUACGGCUGUGAGCUGCGAGGAUGAGAGCUUGAAUCUCCUUGAGGUUUCCGCAAGUGAAAAUGGUGUAGAAACCGAUGAAAUGAAAAUUGCAACUGAGCUGGCCCAAGUGCAGAUCCUCAUGAUGUCAGGCGACGACAACAACAACGAUGGAUUUGCAAAACAUUGCAUAAGUGUUAGCGGUGAGGAGAGUGAUAAUGGGGAGAGAAAGAUGUCACCAGCUGAAGCUGAUUUCUACUGCGAAUUCAAUUACGAAGACAUCACUGGUACCAGCAACACGGAAAACUCCAUCCCUUCCCUCUGUCGAAGGGCCGGUACUGUUUAUGUGGAAGAUUCCAUUUCGAUCACAUGCACAUCAGAAGACACUUCCUCUCCCACCACCACUAAAGUACUGGUUCAAAAUAAACCUUCUUGCCGGUCCAAAAAGUGCAAUGCUGAUGAUAUUCAAGGGUUGGCAAAUAUUGAAUUCCAGAGAUGGAUCAAAUUGACACUGGAAAAAGGAAGAGAAGAGACAUCAUCAUCGAUUCUUUUAGGCCCACAGUCAUGUGUUGUCGAUGAGGAGAAUGAAGAAGGAGAAGGGGGAGUUUCAGCGACUCUUGUAACAUCGAGCACUGACUCGAGUGAUAAUGGACCAAUCGAACCUACCGAACAAUGCUUGAUGGGUACAGGUUUUCGAAAGAGCAUAGUCGGGCUGUUCGAAGAAAUUGUGCAUUCUGAACGCGGAUUCUUGAGUUACCUUGAAAAUGACUUCCGACAGAUUUGUGGCUCGAUAAAACCGGGAGUUUUGGAUUGCAAUUUCGAUUGGAGUGAAUUAUUUCCGUCGUCGGAAGAUGCUGUAAAGUUGAACUGUAUGCCCAACGAAUAUACCGGGACCAAUAUCCAGGAUGGAUGCGGCGGCGGUGAUGGACAAUACAUCGAAUCAAAUUUCCGCAUGACUUGCGUCAAAGAGGACUCUGAAGUAACCAUGAUGAACAGAAACGUCCCAGAAUGCGUGGGUAAACCGUGCAGUCCAAAUCAGACCCAAAGUUUGAUGGCGGACAAAUUCUCCUCGCUGUCAAAACAAUUCGAGGAGAAGUUUGCUGAUGAUAACUGGUCCUGUACGAACGAAGUAGUGUCACUUUACCCAGUUCAUUUCGAUUCCUUCCACGAGACCCAUGACACCGAAUGCUACAAGAACCUACAGUUCGAAGAACUUGAUCCUGCUGACGUUGCAAUAAGGAUUCAGGAAACAACGAUCGGAGGAACCAAAGAUGAGAGAGAACAACACAUGGCCGAUCUCCUUGCCGGCGUUGACUCUUCUACAUCCUUUUCAGAUCUCAUCCCCGGAGGUAACUCUUCCGAUUACGAUGAUUCUGAAUACGAUGAUUCUGAAAACGAUCCGCUGGAAGUAGAAGACGAUGUAAAAGAAUCCCCUGCGGGGAAUGCCGCCCAGUCAUUAGAUGUUCCGGAGGCAAAAGAUAGACCGCUCAUAGAGAGACCACCUGUGGAAACAAUAUCGGGUUUGGUUGGCCCUAGAUAUGGACGGUUGUUCGAGCCUCAAACCAAGGCGCCUGUCGAGACUACGUCUUCGGGCUCUACAAUAACACUCACUGGGGCAAUUGGCGUUCUAGUGUUUCAAAUGCUUUGGUCGAUACUGAUAUAAUGAGGCCUACGUGCUGACGCUAUGCGAUACUGUCUUACUGGAGAGGUGCUGGUCGAGCAAAUCAGGCAUUAAGAAAUCUAUUCGCUCUUCUGUCCUAUGAGAUUCAUGACACAGAGAGCAUUAUUGCUUUUCUGUACCGUGAUAGUGUAAUAGACUCUGUUGAAAUCAGGUUUCAUCGACCAAAACCUGAUUCAUGAUAAGAAGAUUUUUUUUAAAACUAUUCUCCUUUGACUAAAUCAAGCUCAUUGGCUAAAAUGGGAGUGUCUCUAUUCCUCUCCUCCACUUUUUGGAUCCAACAUUGGUGUCUCGGAUCAAUACAGCGAGAUCCAUAUUGACGGAGGUGUCUUUGCUGAAAUCAGUGUCAUCGUUUUCCAAUGGAAAUAGUAAAAUCUUGGACAAAUCAAGCAUACCACCGUAAAAUAGAUUUAGAAGUCCAACAGCAGGUACGCUAAGGAGAAAGAAAUUGAUUGGAAGCAGUUCAAAGUAAAAAAUCAGUUACUGAAGUUGAAUACAUACCUAUCAUCGUUUGACAUGAUAAUGAUGGAAAAGAUACUUACCUCCACAAUCCCAGUUCAGGGUACAGUCCGAAAGGUGCCAAAACCAAGAAAACGUCCACUAAUAUCUGAACAAAGUGCGCGUAAGCCAAAGGAAUCUUCCCCUCAAGACUAAAUCUGAUGCUGGACAUCGAAUCUCUCACAUCAAGGAUUUUAUCGGUGAAUGUACCUUCCACUGUAUCGGUGUCUGCGAAUGCCCCCUCUUCUAUUCCCUUUAACAAACGGAUAUAAAUCCAUUGCAGGGCUGCAAACUGUGGUCCAGACUCUUUUUGAUAGGUUUUGAUGAAACAUAUGUACUGCUCCCGUGUCAUUACCCCCCGGCUCAGCAAGCGACUCAGUCCCUUCGGCGUUGAUAAGAUGUCAUAUUUUCUGGCGAAAGAGGCCCACAUUAGUACAUUGAAUAGUCGGAUGCACUCCGCAAUGUCUUCCAUGGCUCUGAUCGAUCGCGAAUUUGUUUGUGUUAGUGUCUCUCUCUGCCCGAGAUGAGCAAACCAAUCUGCCCGAGAAAGAGCAAACGAGAAAUGAGAAAUAAGAUACGAUGCAAAGCAAUAUUCAGUGCGAACUGAGGGAAUCGACCCAAAUUCUUUACUCACGAAAUACCAUCUAAAUGAGUUUGGAUUCGACGCCCCUGGGUGUAGAUAUCUCUCCAAAGAGAGUACGCUUCAGCCAGGAAAAAUGUCAGGAUGAAGCUCGUUAAACCCAUUGUUGUAUUCCUGCAUGGUGAUAUUUGGUAUUUAAAUCGGCAUUUUUGUUCUGUUAGGGUAUAAGAAGAAAAAAUUAUGACCAAACGACGAGUCGCGAUAAGCGUGUAAAUCCACUUACCACAAUUUGUUCAGUCCCUCCAAAUUAGCUAUAAUCGGAUGCCCUUCAUCUGGAAUCAUCCAUAUCGACCAGGUGAUUGGCUGAUGUAGCACAUGAGUACAAAGCCAUCAAAAGAAGAAAACGAACCCGAUAGACAUCAUCAUGUUCCAACAGGCUCCCUUCCAAGAUUUAUGAAGAAUAGUUCCCUUCCAUCUAGUCCAGAGCCAUUUUCUUGUUGGUUUGAAUGGUUUGAUAAUGUUUCCUUCAUACCUCGAUGUCACACCAGAAAUUCUAUCGAUGACAGAAUCAAUUUCUUUCACUUCGCGUUGCAUUCUUUCUUUUGGGGAUUCGUCUCUAUUUUGGGAUACCUUGGUCGCGAGCGAAGAUAUACUUAAGCAAUAGUUGAAAGUUUUUCGAUGCAGACGGAACGCCGUGACCGGUGUAGCGGCUUUGAUGGUAGCGGCUCUUGGUUGGUCGAAUAUCAUGGCAAGGUCCCCAAUCAGGCUUCCUUGUUGCAUGACUCCGUAGUUCUCUUCCAAUUGCUUGCCAUCAAUAUAGACGCCGCAUUCUCCUCUGUAGAUUAUGUACAUGUAGUCUGCUAUUUCAUCUCCCUGCUCGCAAACUAAUGAAUUCUGUGAAAAAUU